CGAAGCCAGCGGCCUGCGGCCGCCUUGGCAACGUCAGGACGCGUUGACGCCAUUCUCGGGCGCCGUGGUCGCUCUGUGGGAGCGCGCCCGUUUCGAGCUCCUGACUGAGUUGCCGCUGUUUGUGCGCGUGAGGGCGCGCGGUUCGAACCCGCGCCCGGAGGCGAUGCCCCCGGGAAAGCAGCUGCGGCCGGUGCUGAAGCUGAAGGUGGACGAACUGUUCCUACGCUGGCUCAGCGAGGCCGCCACGCAGCGCGCGCUCCGCGAGUGUCUCCGCCAGGCCCGCACGCCCGCCGCCGCCCCCCGCCCCGGGCCGUGCGGAGGCGGCGAGGACGAAGGCCGCCCCCUCCCGCGGCCGUCUCCCGCCGCCUGCGCACCGGCGGGUAGCUGCAUCCCGGCCUCCCAGGGAGAGCGAAGGGAGCACGCCCCGGGCCAGAACCCUCGGCGAUGCCCCCAGAGUCUCAGGAGUCUUCAGGGACACCGCUGGGGCGCUGAGGCCCGGCUGUCCCCAUCACUGCCCCCUGCUCACGCCAUCCCUGCCUUCCACUUCCCGUUCGGGCGGCCCUCUGGGACCACUGACCUGGAUGCUGCUGUCACACGUGUGAAGACUGCCUUCUCUGCCUUCCCCUGGCAGCGAGCCUUCCUGGCUGACAUGGGUGUUGUGGCCAAGGCCUGCGGCUGCCCGCUCUACUGGAAGGCUGCCCUUUUCUAUGGCGCCGGUGGCCAGCAUAAGGGUUCUGUGUCUGUCCACAGCUUUGUGGCCGUUUGGAGGAGGCUACUCCAGAGCUGCCAUGACCCCGCUGCCCGGUUCCUACGCCUCCUUGCCCGCCCUGGGGCUGACUGUCUGGAGCCAGACGACCUGCUGCCCUUUCUGCAGGACGUGGUUGACACCCACCCAGGCCUGGCUGCACUAAGGGAGGUACCAGAGCACCAGUCACCCUACAUCUCCACGGUGGUGCAACGCAUCUUUUAUUCUGUGAACCGCUCCUGGUCUGGACGCAUCACAUGCUCUGAGCUGCGCAGGAGUGACUUCCUGCAGCAUGUGUCGCAGCUGGAAACGGAGCUCGGUGGCUGCUUCUCCUACAAGGACUUCCGGGUUGUCCACGCCAAGUUCCAAGAGCUGGACACAGAUGGUGAUCUGCGGCUGCGACCCCAGGACUUGGCACGCCAUGCAGACCACGCCAUCUCUAGCCGGAUGAUUGACAGGCUCUUCUCUGGCGCUGUGACUCGGAGCACGAGGACACGAUUGCCACAGGAAGCUGGGGAGCGGACAAUGAGCUACGGGGAUUUUGUGUGGUUUCUGCUGUCUGAGGAGGACAAGACCACGCCCACCAGCGUGGAGUACUGGUUCCGCUGCCUGGACCUGGACGGGGACGGGGUGCUGUCAUGUUGGGAGCUUGAGUUCUUCUACACCGAGCAAUGCCAGCGCCUGCUCGACCUAGGCGUGGAGCCACUGCCCUUUCCAGACUGCCUCUGUCAGAUGCUGGACCUUGUGCGGCCGCGCCACCCUGGCCUCGUGACCCUUGGUGACCUGAAGCGCUGUGGCUCUGCUCCCACUUUCCUAGACACCUUCUUCAACCUUGACAAAUACCUAGAGCGGGAGCAGCAGGAACCAGCUGGGCCCAGGGAAGGCGAGGAUCCUGUGCUGACCGCCUGGGAGCGCUAUGCAGCUGCUGAGUUUGCACUGUUGGAGGCCGAGGAGGAGCAGCUGGAGGAAGAGGAAGAGUCGGAAGUGGAGCUCAGCCCUCAGACCCGGCCCCACUUCUUCCCUCCACCUGCUGCACUUGGCCUGUUUGAGGAAGAAGAGGAUGUGACUUACUAAAGGCUGGCGGGUGUGGGGUCAUGUGUGUUUAUAUAUUUGAUAAAUUUUUUCAAGCAAGCAA